AUGAAAUUUAUACUAUGCUGGCGAUACUUAAGCAUUGCAACAAUCAUAACAUUUCCAGGCCAAUAUUAUUGCAUAACGCUUGCCGAUAACGACGGAUAUGAUGGUAUCCAUACAAGUACCUUGGCGAUCAUGUUCCAUGAUGAGUCGCAUCGUCGCAUAGCACUGAAUUACUGGAGAUUCUGGUUGGGACAGCAGCGAGAGCCAGAUACAGCACGGGCAUUGGAAAUCAAUGCUGGCAGGUGCUCCGGUAUCCAUAACGUCCAAUGUGAUUACUUUGAUCGCAUUACCUUCAAUUGGCAUGGAAAACGUGGAGCCAAAGUCUAUGUCCGCUUCAACUGUCUUUCAACAGACUUUUCACGUAUCAAGGGCGUUAAGGGUAUUCCCCUGCGCUUGUACAUGGAGACUCAAGGCACAUCUGCUGCUGCUGCUGUUGCAAAUGAACAUUCUCUGCAGCAGCAUUCGUCAUCAUUGGUGGAAGCUACAUACUGCAGGAUCAAACUCUUUCGAGAUAAGGGCGCUGAGCGCAAGAAUAAGGAUGAUCAACGCCACAUCGAAAAACAGCUUGAAAAAGUACAAGGAAACCCAGGGGAAGCGCACCCUCUUUUAGGUGCCCUGCGAAGGGAGAUCAGAUAUACAGCCUUCUCGGACAUUGCAGAGGAGCUGUCACCACCUGUCAUGUCUACAGUUGCGCUCGAAUAUUCCAAUAAUAGUACCGCAACUACUUCUACUUCUACUUCUGCAGAGCGAUUCAAAUCAUGCAAGCCCUCAAUCACUUAUGCUGGAUCAUCCUCGAUAUCGUCCUCUAGUACCUAUCCAUCGCAGCAGAAUUCAAUGUAUGAUGGCAAUAACAACCCUUUAACAGUCGAUGGACUGGACUCUACCUAUGUUCCCAUUCGACGUCGACGCCAUGCUGUCCUCUCCUUGUUUGCACGCGGUCCGAACGACGAGUACUACAGAGCUAUUUAUCUUGAUGAUCUUUCUGUCCAGGACCUGAUCGAGAAGCUGUCAAGUAAAUUAAAUGUGCCAGUGCCGGUCAAAAAUGUCAUACGGCAUGUUUCCAAAACAGACAGCUAUAGCAACAAGCACGGGGCCUCUAAUUCUUAUUAUCACAAUACUGCCUGUGACAGUACUAACAGUAACACCAUUGUUGUUCGUGUUGACGAUGCAGUGGUUCGUGAUAUCCCAGAGCAACAAGAUAUGGAAGUCGAAAUCAAGUUCAACGACGACGGAUUUGCGACGCUAGUAUUAUGUUACUAA